AUGACGAGACGCGAUAUCCUCAAGAUUCAGCUUGAAGCAAGAGAUAUUGACGUCGACUUGCUGCCUAUGGGAAUGGAGAGACGGAAACUUAACCAAUCGUCAUGGGAUGGAAAAAACCAAACGGCGCUUUUGACGAUCGAACUCAAAUUUUACAAGCCCAAAGAUCCUCUUGCCUCAUCUUCUCAGCCUCGGGAUCCACCCUUCACGUUGGUCGCACAUAAGAACGACAUGAAAACACCGCUGCUAUCUCUGAUUCGUUCGCGACUAGUGGAGGGCGUCAAGUCCAAGAAGGAGAGCUCACAUCCACAAUGGGUCAAACAAUUGGUCUUUCCUGAUGCUGAAGAUCCUGAAUCGUUCGUGAAUCCCCAAUGUGUCAUGGCUGCCAAGAUCGACCCUUUAACAUUGAAACGGCUAGUCAAACCAGCGACGGGAGGCUACCAUUCUCUUGAUCCAACCCAGCCUCUUUCCACAUCACUGCGCCAUACGGAGUUCGUAGAAUUUCCGACAAUCGAGAUUUGGGACGAGUUUCUUGGGACGAUUCUUGAUGCGCGAGGGAUCGUCAAGCAACACGAAGAGAGGCCAGUGAAGAGGAGGAAGACGAAUACCAAGGCUGGUCGUGCGGCAAUUGCUGGACUUCUUGGUGGAUACGGUAGUAGCGAGGAAGAGGUGGAGGUAGAGCCUAAAAGCGUGCUGGCCAGUCUAGAAGAGUACGCUGGCAGCGAUGGUGACGACGAAGUGGGUUCAGGUGGCAAGGAUGCCCCAGAUGACAUAGAUUUCGGGGCGCUGAGUGAUGAAGACGCUGAGGAGUUAGAACUUGACCCUGCUGUGCUACUUGAGCUAAUGGCGAAAGUACGCGGGAGCGAGCCUUGGGCCGUAGAAGAUGAAGCAGUUGAUUGGGGAGAUGUGGAUGACCCAGAGCCGAAAUGA